GAUCCAACAUGGCGCUGGCUUGCGGUGCGCAUGCGUGGCGCUCGGCGCCCGGGGCAGCUGGGUGAGGGGCGGAGGCCGCAGGGGAAAAGGGGCGCGGCAGGGUGUAAAGUCGCACUCUCGGCCGGGAAGUGUAGUUUCUUCGUCCUCGUCUUUCUGGGGUUGGGGGGUGGGGGGCGGAGGGGGUGGUUGGUUGACUCCGGACAGCUUCGUCCGGCUGCCCCGCACGCCCGCCCCUCCUCGGUCACCACUCUUUGCGGCUACUCCGCGCAGAUGAUAGGCUGAACUUCCCUCGGCUGGCUCCCCGGGAGUGUGUGAGGGGACGAGGUAGGGAAGGAGACUCGGGGGCGCUGGCGGCUGCCGGUUUGGUCUCGGCCUCCCCGCCUUCAGAGCACCCCCUCCCAGGAUAAGACACCAUCUCCGCCGUGGUGGAGGGGCAGCUCCCCGGACCACUUCCUUCCCUCCCUCCUCAGUGCCUUCCGCAUCCCAUCCCUGAGCCCCGUCCUUCUGGGCUUGCAGCCAGCCCCUCGCAAUAGAGCAGAUGCGAGAUUGGAGGAGGGAGUUUGGUCAGGGAUGGGAUUUAACAAAUUCCUUGGGGACCUUGAUUCCCAGGGAAGAAUGUCAGUGACCCAGCACGGAUUGGGGACCCAGUCAGGCAGCCCAGAAAAAGGGAGAUUAUAUACAAACAGAUGUAAAGACCACUAACAACAUACGUGAUUCUGUCUACGAGGCUGGGACAGGAUAUGAGGUGCGAAGAAUCCAGUUUCAACCAAGUGGUGUAUCCAAAAAAAGAUGUCAUCUCAAUAUUGGUUUAUGUUUAUUUUCCACUGACCCUGUGGGUGAAGAUAUCCUUGACCAUUACUCCACCGGAAUAUGUUCCAGUCCAUCCGAUGUUACAUCACAAGGUUAAGAGAUAUGGAGAUCUCCACAAGGUUUUGGAGAAGAGUCCCAAUAAUUAUUAAAAUUCUGGACUAGAUCUAUUAGGAAAGGUAAAGAAACUGAAAGUCUACUAGGAAAAAGGAGUUGUAAUGGUUUACUAAAGCUGUUCAAAUAUAGAUGUCAACUAGGUGUUAUGCCUUGCUGGAGAACAAAAUAAGAGAAGGUGGAUUUAUGAUCCAACCUAGACCUUUAGGUGAGAGCUAAUUAAGACAUGGUUCUGAUCAUUAAACUUUAAGAAGGCUUAUUGAGGCAGCUCUUUGGAGAGUUUUUUAAAAGGUAGAUUUAAAUGUGUCAUUUCAAGAAAAGAAACUAGUAUUUCUGAUCAUCAAGAAGGAGCCCCACACUGUUUCAAUCACGUUGGCAUAUAUUAACUCACUUAAUCCUUAUAAUGACUCCGUGAGAUAAGUAUUACUAUCCCCAAUCUAUAGAUGUAAACAUUGAAAUUAAGGGUUAAGCAGUUUAUUCAAAAUAAUGUAGCUUGCGGUGAGAGGCAAAGUUAGGAUUUGAAUCCAGGUGUGUGUUUCUUCCCACCAUACCAACCAGCUUCCUGUAACUGAAAACUAGAUGAUGGGCCAAAGGACCAAUGAGACUCCAGUUUCCUGAACCCAUUCAGAACAGAAACAGUAUCUUACCUGUUUUUGCCACACCUACCACAGUCCUAAUCCCUAGUAAAGGAUUUAGUAAAUAUGUUUAUAUUGAACUGAUUUGAACUUGAUCCUGUCUGAAGAGGUGAAAUUUAAACAAGACACCAAUGAAGAGGAAUCUGUCAUUCAUAUUUGGGAAGAAUGUUACAAGCAGAGGGAACAGUAGAUGGACUAUAAGACGCUUGCCCAAGAAACUGCUCAAGAAAUUUUAGGAUACAAUCAAGAUACAUCAGGCUGGAAAGUGGUUAAGACUUCAAAAAAGAUAACUGUUUCCAGCAAGGCUUCUAAAAGAUUCCAUGGAAAUCUAUAUCGUGUUGAAGGAAUAAUUCCAGAAUCAACAACUAAGCUAUCUGAGUUCCUCUACAAACCUGAAAACAGAGUUACAUGGGAUAAAUCAUUGAAAGUGUACAAUAUGGUACACAAGGUUGAUUCGGACACAUUCAUAUGUCAUACCAUUACACAAAGUUUUGCCAUGGGCUCAAUUUCUCCCCGAGACUUUAUCGACUUAGUAUACUUCAAGCACUGCGAAGGGAAUAUGGAUAUUAUCAGUUCUAACAGUGUGGAUUUUCCAGCAUACCCACCAUCGUCAAAUUACAUACGUGGUUAUAACCAUGCUUGUGGCUAUAUAUGUUCUCCUCUGAAAGAGAACCCAGCACAUUCCAAACUAGUGAUGUUUGUCCAGACAGAAAUGAAAGGAAAAUUGUCCCCAUCAAUAAUUGAAGCAACCAUGCCUUCCAACUUAAUAAGCUUCAUCCUCAAUGCAAAAGAUGGAAUAAAAGCACACAGAAUUCCAUCAGGACACGGAUCUCAUCCUAACGGCCACUCAUCUUUCCUAAAAAAGAAAUGAGGCCACAGAAGAGCAUGCGUGGCAGUCAUUGCCACUCACCUCCAAGUCAAUGUGCAUAAAUACUGUUAAACUUUGCUAGACGGUAUUCUUGUACAAAUUACUGAAGGCACCUUGUGAAAAUAAGAACUCACAGUCAUACAAGAGAACAGCAUUCAAUAUAGUUUUUAAUCUCAUAUAAGAAUGAUGUGAAUAACAAGUGUCCUUUAAUGUACUUUUAUCUUUUGUUCCCCCUGGAAAACGCCCUGCAAAAGAAUCAGUAAGAAAGCAUACACAGUCAGAGGUCAGCAUUAAUUAAAAAUUAAAAUAUA